UUGCGUUUGAAAUGUCGAUUUAAAUAUUCCUAUUUAAAUUAGCGACUAUGAUGCCUCAAGAAUAUCAUUUUAUUUGUUGUUAUUUAUGUUCUAGAAACCUUUAUUAUGCAACGAAAAUGCUUAAAGUAUUGUCUUUUAAUUGUUUUAAUAGUUUUUAUUGCUAUUGUUGCGAUUUUAUAUUCCAGAGUUUAUUUAAAAACAAAUAGUCCAUAUUUAACUUAUUUAAGUAAAGGCUUUGACGAUACUUUGAAGAAACGCUGCUUUUAUCGUGUGUUUGGUGACAGUUUACUAUUAAUCAAUUUUAACUUUCCGUUUUACAAAAAUAUUGAUGUUUUAAAUGAUCUUUAUGAUGGAGUUUUUGGGAAAAUUGUUUUUUGUGGUCCUCCUCCAAAAAUAGAGUUUACAAAAAAACCAGAUAUUGAGAUUGAUUCAAUUAAUGGCUACUUCAGCUAUCAUUGUUUGGCUUUAGCUAUUAAUAAAUACCCAAACUACCAAGGGUAUUUUUAUGGUAAUGAUGAUAUGAUUAUCAACUGGUGGACAAUGGUCGACUUAGACCGUCAAAAGAUUUGGCAUGGUACACAGAUUGUGGAUUUUUCACAAGAUGCUUUUAGUAGCCAAUCAAACGUUUGGAUAUGGUGGGACACGUUCAUGGGUCUUCAAGCAUGUCAAAUGUACUUCAAAAGCUUAAAAAAGCUCGCUGAAAGUAAUAAUAAUCUUGAAAACUAUAAAAUAUUCUUGAAAAAUGGAAAUGGCAAACCAAGAUGUGGAAAAGGUUGGGCCGAUUUUUUUUAUAUACCCGGCCGUUUGGCUAAAGAUUUUUUUGCACUUUCAAACAUUGCGUAUUCAUCAAAGUUAUAUUUAGAAAUAGCGACUCAUAAUAUACUGCGCAGUUUAGCUCUUAGCGAAAAUUUCGUAGUGUUGGCCGGUAUAUAUCUACCUGAUAUUGGUUAUGCAAAUUACUCUGUGCAAGCAUUUUGGAGUGUAUACAACCAUCAAGUGCCAAUAAUUCAUCCUUACAAAUUUUAUGUUAAAGAUGCUGCUGAGUCAACUUAUAUGCUUAAAACUCAAGUUAUAUCUUUUAAACAGCUUCUCACAGAUUGUUCUUAUUCAAAUUAUACUAAACGUUUAUUUCAGAAAUAACUAAAUGUUGUUUUGAGUAGCAUGUAAGAGUUUUUACGACUCCGAUGUUGGCGUUUAUGUUAAUAUACUUACCAACCCCACUUUCAGAGCAGCAGGUUACCAUCAAACUCAAAUUGUUCAUUUACUGAAAUCACAGUUAGGAAGUUAUUUAUAUAAGUUAAUCUUAAAUUGUUAUCAUAGUUACUAAUUUAAAUUCGAGAAAAAACUUUCAGAAAGUAUUAAAAGUCGAACCAUGUGAUAUUGAAAACUGAUUCUUUUUAUAUUGACGUUUAAAUUUUAUUCAGAAAAUUUUGAGCAUCAAAAUAUUAGUUUUGUCAUAAAUAU